GAGGUACAAAAACGGAUUUAGAAUUGUCCAAGAUGCCAGACGAUCUUCGGAAGCAAACGAUUUCAGAACUUAUCACACAAAGAAAGAAAACAGGUCUACAAUUAACACCUACUAUAUCAAAAUGGAAUAAGAAGAGAAGAAAAAGUUGGGAGCAACUAGAAGACGACAACUCGAGUAUGGGUCAAGACGAGAGUUGGAGUCCACCUUCAUCAUCCACCAAUACAGUGGAGAAAGGCUCUUCCAUGGCUCCUCAACUCAAGUUUGAUGACGAGGGAAAUAUAACGGUUGACGAGGACUCGUUAAUUGUAGCCACAGACGCUCCUACUCAAGUGGAGUCACAAGUAGUUCGAGUGGUGAACGGUCCUGACAGAGUCAAUUCUGCUACGUACUCCAAAAGAACAACGACGGAGAGAUGGACAAAGGAAGAAACGGAACUGUUUUACCGAGGAUUGCAACAAUUUGGAACCGACUUUUCUUUGGUAGCCCAGUUAUUUCCAAAGAGAAACCGAAAACAGGUAAAGGCAAAGUUCAAAAGGGAGGAAAAAAUUGCACCUGAUAAGGUGGACGCAGCUCUAUCACUCCGGACAACAGUGAGUGUGCCUUUAGAAACGUUGGUACCAGCUACUUCGCAUUCUCUGGAGACGGGUGAAUGAACCUUAAGAUAGUUGGCUUUAU